GUAUCCAGAGAAUGGCAUAGUAGAAAUGGACACCAAAAAUCUUCGGCCACGAGCAAGAACCAUUCUGAAGUGGAGUGAACUAAAAGUGGGUGAUGUGGUGAUGGUUAACUACAAUGUUGAGGCUCCAGAAGAAAGAGGAUUUUGGUUUGAUGCAGAAAUUACAUCUCUGAGAGAAAUUUCAAGGACUAACAAAGAGGUUCAUGCUAAAAUUCUGCUUGGAGGCCCAGAAGAUGCAAUAAAUGACUGCAGAAUCCUUUUUAUAGAGGAAAUGUACAAGAUUGAAAAGCCAGGAGCUUAUCCACUGACAUUUGGAGAUGGAGAUUUCAAAAGAAAGAGUGGCCCUGAAUGCAAGCACUGCAGGGCUGACCCAGAUAAGGAAUGUCGCUUUUGCUCCUGUUACUUGUGUGGUGGAAAACAGGAUGCUCACAUGCAACUCCUUUGUGAUGAAUGUAAUAUGGCUUAUCAUAUAUACUGCCUGAACCCUCCCUUAAGCAACAUACCAGAAGAUGAGGAUUGGUAUUGUCCUUCAUGCAAAAAUGAUUCUAAUGAAGUUGUAAAGGCUGGAGAAAAACUCAAACAGAGUAAAAAGAAAGCAAAGAUGCCAUCUGCCAGUACUGAAAGCCAGAGAGACUGGGGCAAGGGCAUGGCUUGUGUUGGUCGCACUAAGGAAUGCACUAUUGUCCCUUCUAAUCACUAUGGUCCUAUACCUGGUGUCCCUGUUGGGACAACCUGGAAAUUCAGAGUUCAGGUGAGUGAAGCAGGUGUUCACAGACCCCAUGUUGGUGGAAUUCAUGGACGCAGUAAUGAUGGAGCUUAUUCGCUUGUAUUAGCUGGAGGAUUUGAAGAUGAAGUGGACCGAGGAGAUGAAUUCACUUAUACUGGGAGUGGAGGUAGAGAUCUUUCUGGAAAUAAAAGAAUUGGAGAACAUUCAUUUGAUCAAACAUUAACACACAUGAACAGGGCAUUGGCCCUUAACUGUGAUGCCCCACUGGAUGAUAAAAAUGGAGCAGAGUCUAAGAAUUGGAGAGCUGGCAAGCCAGUCCGAGUAGUGCGCAGUUCAAAAGGACGACGGAUCAGCAAAUAUGCCCCAGAGGAAGGCAACAGAUAUGAUGGCAUUUACAAGGUGGUAAAAUAUUGGCCAGAAAUUGGGAAAUGUGGGUUCUUAGUUUGGCGCUAUCUUCUGAGGAGAGAUGAUAUUGAACCUGCACCUUGGACUUCAGAAGGGAUGGAACGGUCAAAGAAACUGGGUUUGAGUGUACAGUAUCCAGAAGGUUAUUUGGAAGCCAUGGCUCGUAAAGAGAAAAAGGAUAAGGUUAAGAAGCAAACUGUGAAACAGGAGCCAACCGGUCAGAGUAAUGGAAACCAGAAAAGGACAAUUGAUGAUGGUAUAGAGGAGACUAAAAAUACAUCCAAAGCCAUGAGAAUGGGAGAUGGAGGGAAAGGAGAGGCUUUCCAACUGACCCAGCAACAGCAGUGGCUGAUUAAAGAAGACUGUAUGAACCAGAAAUUAUGGGAUGAAGUACUUGCUUCGCUUAAGGAAGGACCAAACUUCCUGAAGAAACUGGAACAAUCUUUUAUGUGUGUCUGCUGUCAGGAGCUGGUUUACCAGCCAGUGACAACAGAGUGCCUCCAUAAUGUCUGUAAAAGCUGUUUACAGCGCUCUUUCCGAGCUGAAGUCUUUACCUGUCCUGCCUGCCGCUAUGACCUUGGAAAGAGCUACACCAUGGUUCCUAACAAGAUAUUGCAGACACUACUUGACCAGUUCUUCCCUGGUUACAGUAAAGGACGAUGAUGUGUUCAAAUCUUUUCACGCUUCUCCCAUUGACUUUAUAGACAGUAAAGGAGAAUAAACAUCUAAAAGUCAACAGUGAACCAGCCAGCUUGAUGGAACUGCAUCUAUUGUCACAUUUUGAAGCAGCUAAUCCUCUUCCUCCCCGUCACCAUCUUUGUUCAUGUAGUGAGGACUCUAAAUCUCUGCUAUGUUUAACAUCAAAGGUAGUUUUGGUAAGCUGACAAAUAUUUUUUAAAGGGAGGGGGAAAAAAAAAAACCCAAACCAGAAGCUUUAGGUCUAAGUGGUGAGUCCUAGCUGGUGCUUAAGUUAUUAUUUGUUUUUUGUAACUACCUCAGAUAGAGGAAAACAAAUUGUGGGGAGGAAAAAUAGUUCAUAAAGUUUUAGCUACCCACUGCUUUCUUAUUUUUACUUGUGUCUAGUCUAUGUGAUUUGAUUCGACAAAAAAAGACAAAAACCCAAACACCCAAAACAAAACAACAAAAAACAAACAGCACUUAAGUCAGCUGGAUUACAGAACAGCAAAAUCUGUGGUGUGCGUAGUCCUUUUUUUUGGUCUUUCUUCCAUUAUGGUGCAUUUUUUUUGCAAGAACAGGCUGACUUUUAGUCUAUUUUUGUGAGCUUCACUGUGCUUUUUCUUGUAUCUUAUGCAAGCUGACUACUAAGGACUAAUGAACAAUAUGAAUGCAUUGUUGCUACAGUAGUGUAAAGUGAUCUGUGGUUUUUUGCACUUAGCGGACGGAUAUUCAAGACAGUAGUUGUGUACAAAAAGAAAAAUUCAUAUAAAAAAACCACUUCUGUAUUAGUUUAAAAUGUACGCUUUUAGUAGGUCUUGUAUCAGUGGCAAGAAAUCUAUACAGCAUUGAAGACAGUGCUAGCUUGAAAAGGGUUUAAAUUGCUUCAUAUGGUGACCUGAAAUUUUAUAUACAAUAUAUUCCCCCAAAAUAUACAUUAUUAAAUAUUUUAUGAUUGAGAA